GGUGUCCACGCGCCUUUCGAGUGUCGAUCUAGCAGCAUCUCUCCACGUCCGACGUUCUGCCCCACGACCGUCACACCUGCGCUCCGCAGUUCUAUAUCAUCCGAGGGAUCUCUUUUGUUUGUCGUAUGUCCAUCCAGAAUCUCAACACAUUCGACCCCUUUGCAGAUGCAAUCAAGGGUUCGGACGAUGAUGUCCAGGACGGUCUCGUUCAUAUAAGGAUCCAGCAGCGGAAUGGUCGCAAAACCUUAACAACGGUGCAAGGACUCUCCUCGGAAUAUGACUUGAAGAAAAUCGUGAGAGCAUGUAAAAAGGAGUUUGCCUGCAAUGGGACAGUAAUAGAGCACCCGGAGUACGGGGAGGUGCUGCAGCUGCAGGGGGACCAACGAGAGAAUAUAUGCCAGUGGCUGACAAAAUCUGGUCUGGCAAAACCUGACCAGCUGAAGGUCCAUGGUUUUUAAUCGACUAACAACAGCAGCAACAAUUACCAUCCAUGCCACGACCUACAACAACAGCAGACAGCUCCGCCGCCCCUCAUCAGCGCUACAUGAUCGUCUCAAAUUGAAUCUGUAUAUCACUCACUAAACUCCUCGUGGGAUAUCCCGAUUAUACUAUCACGUCAACAUAUAAAUAUAAAUAUAUAUAUUAUACAUA